ACAAAAAGAAACCCAUUUGAUAAAAGUAAAGAAUUUUCAGUUGAUACAAACAACAAUAAAUACUCAUCAAAAACCAAUUAUAAUCCGUUUGAUCUGUGCAAAGAAUCAGAAUUUUGGAGUUUUGAUGAUUAUAAUUGUAAAAUAGUUAUUUAAAUGGGAUCAACAUCCCUAAUGCCGCAGCAAAAUCUAUCAAAGUAGGACGCAACGCGCGACGUGCUUUUGAUGAACACAUACUCACUCGCUACUCGUCAAAUUCCAGCAAUCUGAGCAAAGCGCCAGCGUGCGCAGUGCUGGACGCAUUCUGACAUGUCCUCUCAUAAUGGCGCUAGGAACGAGGAUGCUUACCGUCCUCUGCCUUCGGCAGUCGGCGUGGAUGUCGCACCACAAGUGCUAGCACAACGUAUGAACGCCGCUGGUCCACCGCCGCAAACACUUCUGAUGGGCUCACCUUUUAUGGCAUCGCAAGCACAUCCUCGGCACCAACAACAGCAUCAGCAGCCGCAACAUUACAAUGAAUACUUCUACAAUUUGUACGCAACUCAGCCAGGUCAACCAGAGACAUAUUCAGUGCUACCAGUUGGACAUGGAAAUUUUCUGAAAGUUUAUCACUGCCAAGAAAAUGCUGCUGCCGCUGGUUUGCCCACAGAGAGCAAUGCAGUUUAUCACGCUGGACCGCAACCUCCGCCGCCUUCACAUCAAUUUCAGCACCAGGCGCAGGCAGCGUUUCAUAUGCGGCAAACACAGUCGCAGCCACCACCACCGCAGUUCUUCAACAGCUAUGAGCUGUUCUCUAGCAAUACUUUAAUGCCAACCCCAGAUAACCAAACAACUCUGGGGCGAACCGAAAUUAAAGCAACAACAAUGCAAGUAUCACAGCAGGCUCCUAUUUUUAUGCUGAACAACCAUGACGAACCCAUCUUACCACAAACUGCUGGUACAUCAACCACAAAUAUGAUUAUUAAUAAACUGGUCAAUAAUUGGUCACCCAAAGUGACUGGUGCACCAAUCCAACAAAUACCAAUGCAAUCUGCCCCAACGCUGUUGAGCCCGGAAACAUCUAAUGCUGUUAAAGACGCUGAAAUUGCCAAAGUUGGAUGUUCGCAAAAUUCAACUAACGAUUCUGAAUUUGCUGAAGAACCAAUGCCACUUUCCGUCACAACUACAACAAUUUUAUCCAAACCUAUGCCAGUAUUGCCUGUAACUCAAGUGCCGCCCAUUGAUAUGCCAUCAACUGAAAACCAUAAUAAAUCCAAAGAGGCAGCGAUCGAAGUCGCAAAUACAUCAUCUGGUGCUACAAUAACAGCACCAACAGCAAUUGCCCAUAUUAAUAACGCGCCUGAAGUGAAGAAACGAAUUGUGGCUGAGGUAAAGCCAAUGCGAAUGUCCUAUUCAGACGUUUUGAGCAAAAUAAACAAUCAACAAUCAACUUCCACCCAAUCGCACAACAAUAAUAAGCAUUCGUUGGGGAAGAACGGAAAAUCGGGUUCUGAGAGGAAAGCUGAAAAUAGGGGAGGUGUGGAAAACGGUUCUGGCGGGAGUGGUACGGGGCGAAGACCAUUGAGUGUUGGUGAUGAUAUCAGUCAAGGGCGCUCAAGUAAAAAAUCUCCGACACAUGAUAGCGCUCCGAAUGGCAUUAACGGUGUUAAUAAAAACAACAACAACAUAAAUGGUAAAAAGCGCCUAAACAAUAAACGCAACGAUACAGAUGCAAACAAAGGGGAGUCAAAUGUAACAAAAACUCAAAAAAUAAAUGACGCAAAUUUGGAAAAAGAUUUCAAUGCUUACUACAACGUUACAGCAAAAAAUAAUGAUACAACGGAACGUGCAUCCAGAGCAACUAAUAAUGGUUUCGUUCCAGCAUCCAACAAUACUAAUACAUCAACAGCAACUACACGGAAAUCAAACAAAUUCUCAUCAUCGUUUUAUAGCACCUCUAACUCUUCAUCUUUCAACACGAAUCAGUCACGCGCACGGUAUAGUAAUGCCAACUCGAAUUCCUCCUAUUCGUACUCGUCGAAACGUAGCCGAAAUACAAACUCCUAUAGCAAUACCUCGGCUGGGACAUCGAAUAGAAACUACGAGUUAGCUAAAAAGUUUCUACGGACAUGGCUGGAAUACACCAUAAUGAUACUGACCUGGCUCUUCUAUUUGAUAUAUGAUAUUGUGGUGCUCGGCUUUAGUGUAGCGUACGAUCGUCUGGUACAUGCUUGUGAAUGUGGAAUUGUGUACGCGAAGCAAUUGCGCCAGGACUUUAAGCAGAACUCAAACAAACCGAGUAUUUGGCUUAAAAACCAUCUGCGACUAUUUGACGCGCGUUUUAAAAAGAAUUCGCAAUGGGCUUUUUGGCGUCGCUUCUAUCAAAAGAAGCCACCUGAGCCAACUGCAGAUAAUAUGAAAAGUGGACGACUGCCGCAAACGGGUGAGGAAGCCAUGUAUUCGCUACUUAAUUGUAAGGGCAAGGAUGCUUACAGCAUAUUGGGCGUACCGCCUGAUUGUUCACAGGAACAAAUACGCAAACACUAUAAGAAAAUCGCUGUUUUAGUGCAUCCAGACAAGAAUAAACAAGCAGGGGCCGAAGAAGCUUUUAAAGUGCUUCAACGAGCCUUUGAAUUGAUUGGAGAACCGGAAAAACGUCUUGCCUAUGAUCAGAGUCUAGCUGAAGCUUUACACGCCGAAAAGGCGUGGACUGAAUUGCACGAUUUACUAUCGCAACUACAAACAAAAAUAACCGAAGCAGCAAAUACAAUAAGGUGUAGUACUUGUGGUCUGAGGCACCCCCGGCGGCUAACGGAUCGACCGCACUAUGCAGCGAGAGAAUGCGCUUCGUGCAAAAUUCGUCAUUCAGCCAGGGAAGGUGAUAUUUGGGCGGAAACCAGCAUAUUGGGUUUGCGUUGGAGAUAUUUAGCACUAAUGGAAGGGAAGGUCUAUGACAUUACCGAAUGGGCUAACUGUCAAAAGGGUGCCCUUUCUCAUUUGGAACCGAAUUCUCAUAUGGUGCAAUAUCGCAUUGUGCGUGGCGCACAACAACAGCAGCAGCAGCAACAACAACAACAACAAUCGCAGCAACAGCCUUCCACUAAUCCACAUCAUUCACCACAUCACCAGAAUCCUCAACAGCCAUAUUCGCAGCAGCCUGGGUCACAACAUGAAAAAAACGGCAAUGGAAAAUUUAGGCGCAAUGUGCCGCCAAGCGAAGCAUCGUUACAUGAGUUCCUCGAUAAUUUGUAUAGCGGUCAACAUCCCAAUCCGGCAAAUUCGUCAGCGGCUUAUUCAAACGCUUCACGUAGACGUGCACGCCGCAAUUAAUUCAAUGCCCCAUGGAGUAGUUGACAACGCUGUCUAUUUUAAACUCUGAAAUUAUUUUCUCUUCAAUUGUACAAGUUUUUAUUAAUUCAUUUGUUUUUACAAAACAAUAAUUUUAAAUUUAAUUAUGCUUUAUUGCAUUACAUAUAUGACCAUAGAAUAUUCUACAUUAUUAUUCUCCUUUAAAUUGUAUCGCAUAUCUAUGCCACAGUAUGCAAGUUGAGUAGAUAAAAAUGCAGGCACUCCUGUAUAAAAUUUGUCAUUUAUGUACACACGUUGUCCAUUUGAUGGCACCGUAAUUGCAAUUCUUGCAAAUUAUAUAUUUAUUUGAUGUACUCGUCUCGAUUAAACGCCAUUUCUACCAAAUAGCGAGCAAAAGUAUCUUCUACAAGAGAAGCAAAAACUACAAAAAAAUAUUUCACUAAUAUUUAACGAAAUUAACUUCAAGGCAGAACUAGGAAAAAAUAAUCUGGCGUAUAAAAAUAAUUUCACAUUAUACGUUAUAAAUGCAACACAUUAAUGAAUACAAUGGAUGUGAAUGUUCUUUACUAUAUAUUGUAAUUAAGUGCAUUUGAUGUAUCAAUAACUAAACAUUAAAUAAACACAACAUGCGCGAAAUGCAUAAGUUGCCAGCAUGAAAGCAAA